CUCGGAGCCAGCCCACCCGGGCAGCGAGGACGCCUCUCCGCGCCGUACCGCUCUGCCUUCCCUGCUCGCCAUGUCCCAAAGCAGGCAUCGCGCCGAGGCGCCGCCGCUGGAGCGCGAGGACAGCGGAACAUUCAGUUUGGGAAAGAUGAUAACAGCUAAGCCUGGGAAAACGCCCAUUCAGGUGUUGCACGAAUAUGGCAUGAAGACCAAGAACAUCCCAGUGUACGAAUGCGAACGAUCCGAUGUGCAAAUACGCGUGCCCACUUUCACCUUCAGAGUAACCGUUGGUGACAUCACCUGCACAGGUGAAGGUACAAGUAAGAAGCUGGCGAAGCAUAGAGCUGCAGAAGCCGCCAUAAACAUUUUGAAAGCCAAUGCAAGUAUUUGCUUUGCAGUUCCUGAUCCUUUAAUGCCUGACCCUUCCAAGCAACCAAAGAACCAGCUCAAUCCUAUCGGCUCAUUACAGGAAUUGGCAAUUCAUCAUGGUUGGAGACUUCCUGAAUACACCCUUUCCCAGGAGGGAGGACCUGCCCAUAAGAGAGAAUACACCACAAUUUGCAGACUGGAAUCAUUUAUGGAAACUGGAAAGGGGGCAUCAAAAAAGCAAGCCAAGAGAAAUGCUGCUGAGAAAUUUCUUGCCAAAUUUAGUAAUAUUUCUCCAGAGAACCACAUUUCUUUAACAAAUAUGGUAGGGCAUUCUUUAGGAUGUACCUGGCACUCCUUGAGGAAUUCUCCAGGAGAAAAGAUCAACUUACUGAAGAGAAGCCUCCUUAGUCUUCCGAAUACAGAUUAUAUCCAGCUGCUCAGUGAGAUUGCCAAAGAACAAGGUUUUACCAUAACAUAUUUGGAUAUAGAAGAACUGAGUGCCAACGGACACUAUCAAUGUCUGGCUGAACUGUCUACCAGCCCCAUCACAGUCUGCCACGGCUCAGGCAUCUCCUGUGGUAGUGCACAAAGUGAUGCAGCUCACAAUGCUUUGCAGUACUUAAAAAUCAUAGCGGAGCGAAAGUGAACGGGCCAACUUGGGAAAUCCUUCCGUAGCACUUAAUAAGUUCCUCACCCCUUCCCAAGUAAAACAUGUAUUGUAAUGUUUGAGUUUCUGUGCUGUUUCUAAAUCUCUUCAUGGUUCCAUCAACACUCCAGAUUUAAUUAUAUCCUGGUAGUUGUUAUUACGGUCUUUUUACUGGCUUCAACUUUGUAUUGGUAUAUUGUAUUUAUAACUUUGUACCAUAAGGCAGAGUGUAGUGCCCAUUUUACAGUGCCAUGCACAUAGAACGAAGACACUGCAUGUUUGAUGAUGAUAAUCAUGAUGAGGAUGAUAAUGAUGAAAUAAAAAUAUUGUUAACAGUCUUUCUUACUGGUGCUUCAGCUCUUCUUUGCAUAGAAGGGAAAUUUGAAGGAAGACCUAUGGAAUUGGAGUGUCAGGGGACUACAUCAAAGUCUUUAUUAAAUGUGAUGUGAAA